ACUUCAUUUUAUUUCUUUCUCAUCGUCGGACUUCGGUGAUAACUUGAACCCUUUUCUCUUUUGCAUCAAUGGCAGCCACGAUUUCUCGCAAACUAGCCCCCAAAUCUCUGAAACACAGCCCUCUCUCCACCUUUUUCAGUCUGCACAAAACCCAUCUCCCAAAUCUCACUUCUCCCCAAACCCCAUUAAAUCCUAACUUUAAAUUUUCCAAUUUUCCUCGAUUUUAUGGCCAAUCAACCCAAUAUCAAGAACCUAUUCUACUUAAUCACAGUAUCAGCAAAUCAUACACAAAUUGCCCCCAAAAUGGUUUUAGUAAUUAUCCACAAUUAAGAAGCAUAAACCCUAAAACCCUAAAUUAUGAAAUCUUGAAAUUUUCCCUAAUUGGAAGCCCUAGGUUCUUGUCAACUAAACCCCUUGAAAACCCAGAUCAAGAUUCUGAUGAAACCCAAAACCCAGAUCAGGAUUCUGAGAAAAUUGAAAACCUGGUUGAGGAUUCUGAAAAUGCACGAAACCCAGAUCAGGUUUUGGAUGAAUUUGCUGGAUUUAAGCACCAGGAAAUUACUGGCCCAACUGUUGAGCGAGAUGUGUCUGCUUUAGCAAAUGAAACCCGAGAAGUUCUUGAAACAAUGAUGAAGACUAUUUAUAGUUUGAGCAAAGUUUUGGCUGUUUUGGGUUUGUUUAAUCUUGGUUUGGGAGCUUGGAUAUCGUAUAUUACUCGAGAAUCAGCGAUUGCAGAGGUUUCAAUACAGAGUGUUUUGGCGUUUGGGCUUCCGUUUUCACUGGCAUUUAUGUUGAGGCAGUCUUUGAAGCCGAUGAAUUUCUUUAGGAAGAUGGAGGAUCAAGGUAGGCUUCAAAUUUUGACUUUGACUCUUCAAAUUGCUAAAAAUUUGAAUGUGUUUUUUGUGAGGGUCCGCGGGGUCGCUUAUAUGUGUGUUGCUGGUGCUGCGGUUGGUCUGGUUUUCGCGGUGCUAUAUAGAUAAAUUAUGGUUAUUGCUGAUUAUGUAUUUUGAAGAAUUAAUAUAAAGUUCAAUAAAUUUUUACAGACUAUUUGUUUCAAUUUAUAAAUUAUUAAAGAUUUACUCUUAGUUUGAUGCUA